CUUGGUUACAUAGAAACUUGUCCAACUUAAAAUCUUAUUGUGCCAUUAACAUACAAGUUUGUGGUCAGACUUGGACGAGAAAGAUCUCUAUAUAAAGGGUGAACCACCUAGGGUUGCUAAUCAACUGGAUCUAUUCCUCCUCGAUCAACCUAGCUAGCUAGAUCCCGGUUUCGAUUCAUUACUACUCAUUCGAUCACUGUGUUUUGAUUCAUCACUACCUGUCCGUCUAUCUCUAAUGGCCAUGGAGAGAGCACGAUCAUUCCUUCAGUCUCCCACUUAUGGAAACCUCGUUACUGUUCUUAGCAUUGACGGAGGUGGAAUAAGAGGGAUUAUCCCCGGGACUAUGCUCAGCUUCCUAGAGUUCGAGCUUCAGAAGCUGGAUGGUGAAGAUGCAAGACUAGCUGAUUAUUUUGAUGUAAUCGCUGGAACCAGCACAGGUGGUCUUGUCACUGCUAUGCUUACUGCCCCAGGUGAAAAUAACCGUCCCUUAUUUGCUGCUAAAGAUAUUAACGACUUUUAUCUUGAACACUGCCCUAAGAUCUUCCCCCAAGAUAGCACCUUAAUAAUAGGUGAAGCUUUAAAAGCUGUGAAAGGGCCAAAAUAUGAUGGGAAGUAUUUGCAUAACAUAGUCAAGGAAAAGUUAGGAGACAUAAGAUUGAAGGAGACACUGACGAACGUUGUAAUUCCAACUUUUGAUAUAAAGAGGCUUCAGCCAAUCAUCUUCUCCAGCUAUGAGGUUGAUAAGAAGAAGAGCUUAAAUGCUUUACUCUCCGACAUAUGCAUUGCAACUUCAGCAGCGCCAACUUAUCUCCCAGCUCAUCAUUUCGAAACAAAAGAUUCCAGCAGUGGAGAAGCGAGAGAAUUUGAUCUGAUUGAUGGUGGAGUCGCUGCUAAUAAUCCGACCUUGGUUGCUAUAAGCGAAGUAACAAAACAAAUCCAUCAAGGAAAUCCUGACUUUUUUCCUAUAAAACCAACUGAGUAUGGGCGAUUCCUAGUUGUAUCACUGGGUACUGGUUCGGCAAAAUGCGAGGAGAAGUAUCACGCUGCGCAUGCGGCUAGGUGGGGCGUUUUGGGGUGGCUGACUGGAGGCGGUUCAUGCCCUCUGGUUGACAUAUUUACUCAAGCCAGCAGCGACAUGGUGGACUUCCACAUCUCCACUGUCUUCCAUGCUCUUCAUUCUGAAACAAAUUACCUUCGGAUCCAAGACGAUACGCUGGACAAAACAGUGUCUUCAGUGGACAUUGCUACACAUGAAAACUUGAACAAUCUUGAAAAAGUUGGAGAGGAAUUGUUAAAGAAACCGGUUUCAAGGGUGAAUAUGGAAACUGGGAUGUUUGAGCCUGCCCAUCAGUCCACAAAUGAAGAGGCUCUCGUAAGGGUUGCGGGAAUUCUAUCUAGAGAGAGGAGAGUUCGGGAAAUGAGAUCGCCACACGGUCGGAAGGCUGCGGCCGCUACUAAAACUGCUAGCUCCGACUGAUGAUCCGUUACAGUAAUUUCAAUAGUUCAUUUUAAUUAUAUAUAGAAGUAAUCACUCGUCAUGAAAAUAAUAUAAGUAUUGCUUGUGUAAUCAAGAGCUAGAGUAAUUUACUAUUGGAAAAUGUUUUAGCGCCAGAUCUAGCGCCACAAUCUCACGUGACAUACCACGUCACCUUGUCAUGUCAGCAAUUACAAUAAUCACAAAAUGUCAUUUUUGA